GCACAUGUCGAGGUGAAAGUGCAAGCUGCCAUUUUUUCGAGGAGAUUUUUUCUGGGAGUUUGGGGAGCCAAAGCUAAAGUGUGUUUUAAAAAAAAAAACACACUCUGAAAGUGUUGUUUCAUGCGCGGGUGUGUGCGGCAUAUUAUACCGAAAUAUUUCAGGAGUUUUGUCUAUUUUCAGUCGCGCUUGAGUGCAGAAUAGCUCAGGGCUGCACUGCUCUGCAGAUGGCUGCUCAGCUCGGCUAGCUAACAUUAGCUGAGGCUGUAAACAAACAACACCUGCAAAUUAACUCUCUGCUGCUUUGCUCUGUGGAUCAAAUCAAUAACUCAGUUCAUUAAGAGCCAUCGUGAAGUCAGGUAGAGCAUGUUUGAAGCGGCGUAAACUGUUAGCUAAGGGGGGUUUGAUGACGGUGCGAGUUUAUGCAGAAUAGCUCAGACCUCAGUUGCUUUAGAACGGGUCGGAAAGCAAACACACUGUCACCGACAUGUCGUCUUUUUCGGAGUCGGCCCUGGAGAAGAAGCUGUUGGAGUUGAGCAGCUCGCAGCAGAGCGUCCAGACUCUGUCUCUGUGGAUCAUCCACCACCGCAAACACUCGGGCCUCAUCGUCAAAGUCUGGCACCGAGAGCUGAAGAAAGCUAAAAGUAACAGGAAGCUGACGUUCCUCUAUCUGGCGAACGAUGUCAUCCAGAACAGCAAGAAGAAAGGACCAGAGUUCACCAAAGACUUUGAGACUGUACUGGUGGAUGCCUGCUCUCACGUUGCCAGUGAAGCUGACGAGAACUGUAAAAAGCACAUGGAGCGACUACUGAACAUCUGGAAGGAGAGAAGCCUUUACAGAGGUGACUUCAUCCAGCAGCUCAAACUGGCCAUAGAGGACUCGAACAGCCCCAGGCCCUCAGAGGAGAAGAAACCUGUGAAACGAAGCUAUCAGAAGAUCCAGGAAGAUGAAGAAGACGACGAUGAUGACUACAGGAGUCACUCUUCUCCCCGCAACUCAGAAGCCUCUGCGACUCAGCUGACUGAGGAGCUGGUAAAAGCCCUGCAAGACUUGGAAAACGCUGCCUCCGGCGACGCGGCCGUUCGUCAGAAGAUCGCCUCCCUGCCACAGGAAGUCCAGGAUGUUUCUCUACUGGAGAAGAUCACAGACAAAGAAGCAGCAGACAAACUGUCAAAAACGGUGGACGAGGCCUGCUUGCUGCUGGCGGAGUACAACGGGCGGCUGGCGGCAGAGCUGGAGGACCGCAGGCAGCUGGCUCGCAUGCUGACCGAGUACAUCGGCAGCCAGAAGGAGGCGCUGAUGGAGAGGGAGAAGAAGCUGGAGGAAUAUAAACAGAAACUAGCAAGGGUGACACAAGUAAGAAAAGAGCUGAAGUCCCACAUCCAGAGUCUUCCGGAUCUGUCCCUCCUACCCAACGUGACCGGGGGUCUGGCCCCGCUCCCCUCAGCCGGAGACCUCUUCUCCACCGACUAAGAGCUCUUUGAGAAGAUAAACUACCACUGUGCCCCUUCCCAGCCUAACUCAGACCCAUGUUUGAUUCACAAAAACUACUCUCCAGAGAGCACACGUGGUCAAACCUCUCGCAGCAGAGUAGCCAGCUCAGACCUGCAGGGCGAGAAGGAGGAAGAGACGAGACACGACGAGGAGGGCUUGCUCGAAUCAGUGCGCUCUGCAGAGGCCGCGAACUCUGUCAGUCUGGACUGAUCGUCAAGGAUUCUACUCCACCAGCUUGGAAGUUUGUUUUUGUGAUUGUUUUUAUUUCGUUUUAAAUACUGGAAGCGACGUCAAAGCAUCCUCACGUGCGAAUUGUCUGUCCAGUCGGCGAGCAAAGACGGAGCAUUUGCUCCCUAAGUUCAUCUAGGUUAUGGCUACACUGUGAAAAGGAAGCACCCUUUAUUAGUUCUAUUUUCUUUGGCCCUCAGUUGGUGGCUUUUUAAUGGCACGUAGUCAAAUAGACAGUUUUGAUGCGUGUGUACGAUUAGCAAAAAGAUCCAUUUGGUUUUGGUUGUUGUUGCUUUUUGGUUGUUCGACAGCUGUUACACAGCACACCCGUCUCAGUAGCUUCACACUCGCUUCUCCGAUCAAACAGGAUCUGUCCGUCACGCAGACAGAUAUUAUGAGGUCAACAUGCAAACUUUGGUGUUUGUAUUCUGUUUUGCAAAAACAAACCUUUUUUUUUCCACUUUAGACAGCAAAUGCAGCUAAAAGUACCAGUUUACAUGCUUUAGUUUGGAAAGAUGCUAAAAAAAAUGAUGCUGUAGUUGGUGUCUUAGUCUUCUUCAUUUGAAUGUCAAAUGAAUAAAUCCUGGACAUUUAGAAUCUAAAGUUUUCUUUGAAAAAAAAGUAUUUGGAAUGUAAGUGUAUGGUAGAACCGUAUCCAAUAUCAUCUGAAAAGGUUAGUGCUGAGGUUGUUAUAUUUCAGUCUGCAGGGUUUGGGAACUUAAAGGUAGAAUGACAAGUUCAUGACCUUUUCAGCCAUUGUAAUUUAUUUGAACCUGUUUUGGAAUUGCAAAGAAAAACUGGGACAAUGAAUGUGAGUGUCAAAUGGACCAGAGUCUUUUUCAUUUGCAGUUAUUGCUAAAAACAUAAUGGUUCACUGUUAAAUUCCCCCAAUGAUUAUAAUGAUCAAUAAUUGAACUUUGCUCUAUCUUAAUUGUUUAGAAGUCCAGCGAUUAAAGGUAUAACAUGACAUCUGCAGUUCUAUAAUUUGUUUGUUUUGACCACUCGAUGAGUCUUUGUCGUAGGAACUGACAUUUGAGAGAGCUGUAUCCUCCACAGAUGAUGUUUGGAACGCUGGUCUUUCAUUACAGAGCUGCUACUGAUUCCAUCAGGGAUUCCUGCGAGUCAGUGGUUCAGACCGACCCGCUGAGAAAAACCAUCCCAUUCAGUAAACUCUUGAUUGGCAUUUCCUGUUUGCUUGGAAGCACAGAAUGUUUGAAACGGGUGUUGAAGAUCAACAGCUUUCUUUGUGUUUUUUUAAAAUUCUUUUUUUUUUUUUUUUUAACAGAAAGUGUGGGGUCGUCCACGGCGUUAUGAAUCAGAUGUUUGGCCUAUAGUAAUCCCUCCUGUCAAAUGAACUUUCAGAUGCUGUACACAAGACGGGAUUCUAGUACCUUUUUAACCCAGAUGAACUUAAUUAAUUAUAGUGUUUAGAUACUCUCUUUCCUACUGGUUUUGUGCUUCUCGGUACAGUAACGCUGUACGACCGGGACGCUAUGGGUAGGAGUAGUUUUUUUCUGUAAUGAAAGUCAUUCUGCCAAUGGCAAUAAACUGGCACCAUUUUGAACAAAAAA